UCUGGCCUCACGUGCUGUUUUCCGCGGAGAAGAUCUGAUUCACUGUAAACUGUAUUACACAGAAAUAUAUACUGACAUUGUCAACACGUUCGAUUGAUUAUCACAGACAUGCUUAACCGAUGGUUUCUAUGUUUUACCUUCAUUGGAAUCAUAUUUGCCUGUCAGCAUGGUGCAUGUGCGAAUCGAGGGGAGGACACUGAGAAGAGAACUAACUCUAGCGACUCAGAUGACUCUGCCAAUGUCGACGUUGUUAUAGAAAUCACUGAAAAACCGAAGACCUACAAUGCUACUCAGAAUACGCUUGGGAUACCUGAUGAAGGGACAAAUAAGUCGUCAGAGAUGGCGUGCCCUAAUAGUUGGGGUAAUGGUAAUCCGAAAAUGGAGUACACUUGUCCGUCAACUUUGUGCCAACAUAUUAGUUAUGGAUGUAAGACUCACUGCCCUGCAGACGGAGACGGAUACAACUGUGAAAUAAACUGCAAAGGAUUACGCCAUUGCUUAAACGUUAAUGACUACUACACACCCUUACCAGAAGUUUGUUCUGGAAUCGCUGAAUAUCAUCAGUAUAACGAGGAGCCGUGCCCGCCGUUGUGUAUGUGUAUCGUUUUAACUGUGAACUUUAGUGAUGUUUUUAUUGCUGCUGCCAGUUUCUCUGUCAACAACUCGUCCUUUAUCGUCAGUGGGAGUAAUCCUGAGUUUCAGGUUUCCCUUCGUCCUUCUUUAAUCCGUUACCUUGUCGUUACAUAUAUAACGACAUUGUCAGAUCAUUUCUUCCGGGGACUUCAUAGUCUUAUGUCAUUGGAUGUUUCCAAGAACGGAAUAUCAUCACUUUCUGAAAAUUUGUUCAGCGACUUGUCAAAACUAAAAUCGUUAAAUCUCGCCCAAAACCGGCUGUCUGAUCUCCGAAGCAGUGUGUUUAGUGGUCUAUUUAAUCUGAAAAGACUUGACUUGUCUUUUAACGAGAUAGUGGUUCUCCCCAGUAACCUGUUCAGUGGAUUGUUGAAGCUCAAUGAACUCGAUCUCUCGUAUAACAGUGUUGUGAAUCUUCCCAAACAUGUAUUUCGUGGACUGUCCAAUCUUCGUGAUCUGAUUCUAUCCCAUAACGAAAUAGAACAGCUUCCAGAACAUGUUUUCAGUGAACUGUCUAACCUUUCUUAUCUUGAGUUGUCCUUUAACGAUAUAGAAGUUAUUCCUGAUAACAUUCCUGAUAACGUAUUCUGGGGAUUGAUUGCCAACAAUAGGAUAACUGUUCUUCCUGUUUUCGCAAAACCGACUCGGCUCUACGGACUCGAUAUAUCAAAUAAUGAGAUAGAGACUCUCCCUGACAAUGUGUUCAGGAAUAUGUCCAGUCUUAGUUACCUUUAUAUGGAAAAAAACAAAAUAUCUGCUAUCCCGGAUAACGUCUUCAGUGGACUGCAUGCACUUUUCAAUCUCUAUGUUUCCCACAAUGCAAUAGAGACUCUCCCUGAUAAUGUAUUCAGUGAUCUCUCUGCACUAAAACUACUUGAUCUGAAAUAUAAUCGGAUAUCAGUCAUCUCGAAUAACACUUUUAGUGGACUGUAUGGACUAAGCACACUAUUUUUGUCCAACAAUGCAAUAGAGACUCUCACUGAUAAUGUGUUCAGUAAUCUGUCUGCACUUGAUAAACUAUAUUUACAAAACAACAGUAUAUCAGCCAUCUCGACUAACGCCUUUAGGGGGCUGCAAAGACUUAUAGUACUCGAUAUGUCACGGAAUGCGAUAGAGACUUUGUCUGAUAAUGUGUUCAGGGGAUUAAUUGGGCUGCAGUUUCUGGAACUGGACAACAACAAAUUAACGUCUAUCUCCGACAGCGCGUUCAAUGGACUAUCUGCAAUUACAUUUCUCGAUUUGUAUAAUAACGAAAUAGCAGUUCUUUCAGAGAAUGCAUUCAGUGAAUCAUCUCAACUCGAUUUACUAGAUCUUUCUAAAAACAAGAUAAAAGUUCUCCCUAAAAAUAUAUUUCGUGGAAUGACUAGACGCAUUUUUCUGAAAUUAAACAAUAACGAGAUCGCGUUUCUCCCCACGCUACCUUCAAACGUUAAAAUUCUUGACAUUUCAAAUAAUGCAAUAAGAAACUUGCCUGUCGGGACAUUCACCAACAGUAGCAGUCUGCUAAUGUUAAGUAUCAUUGGCAACAAUCUGGAAAUUACAGAAGAUAUCUUCAAAGAUUUAGACAAUUUACGAUAUUUACUGACUAAUGUUCCUUUCAUGUGUUGUAUGAAACCUGAAUCUGUCAGUGAUGAUAAAUGUUUGGCAAUAAGUAGCUCAGGUUCAGAUUGCUUAAGGUCAGGUACGACAUGUUCAUUUGCAAAAAAAGAUGCAAUUUCGUCCUGUACUGACUUGAUUAGCUCUGAUGUACUUCGAGUCUUUCUUUGGAUUAUUGGAGUAUGCGCUUUAUUGGGAAAUGCAGUCGUUAUAUUCUACCGGCUGUUCCUCGAACGAGAUAAUAUAGAAAAUACUUAUUCGCUGUUUGUACUAAACUUGGGGGUGUCCGAUUUCCUCAUGGGCAUCUAUUUGCUCAUCAUAGGCAUCGCUGACGCAUAUUACAACGAUGUUUACGCAUGGAACGAUCAGAAAUGGAGACAAAGUAUUUUUUGUACCACAGCUGGAACGCUAUCUUUUAUAUCUAGUGAGAUGUCGACGUUUCUGAUUCUACUGGUGACAAUAGACAGACUUAUUGUCAUAGUGUUACCGUUGUCCCAUCUCCCCCGUUGGAGGAUUUCCUGGAAACAGGCUAUUUUUGUCUCAGUUUUCUUCUGGAUUGUUUCUAUAACACUUGCAUUCAUUCCUAUUGUUUCUGCACAGUCCUAUUUCAAAGGGGAAUAUUAUUCUCAAGCAGGCGUUUGUCUUGCUCUUCCUCUUCUAGGCGAUGAUCAGCCGGGGUCGGAAUACUCGUUUGCGGUUUUCGUUUAUCUCAACAGUUUUAUUUUUGGUGUUAUAGUGUUAGGGCAAAUAUUGAUUUUAAAAACAAUAAGACAAAAAAGUAGAACUAUCGCUUCCUCAAAAAGCAUCCAACGAGAGAGGACUGUAGCGAAAACUCUCUUCCUUGUGGUUUCGACUGACUUCUGCUGCUGGUUUCCUGUUGGUGUCAUGGGUGUGCUUGCAAAAUGUGGAAUCAAAAUCUCUGAUGACGCUUAUGCAUGGGUGAUGGUGUUCGUGCUGCCGAUAAAUGCGGCUGUUAACCCGUUUUUAUACACUGUUACAGCUAUUUGGAGGAAGAGACGACGAGAACAAAAUAGAUCAACAUCGAUGACGUCAACAACGCGUCGUCAGUUACGUCAGUCAGAAGUGAUCGCUAAGGAGACCAAUGGGACCUGAAGUAAUGCAGGAUGUGGUCCAUAUACUGCCUUGCUAUGUUCUUCGGUACAACAUACGACCUAUGCGUGAUGCUCGGCUGAGGUCAAAAUCUGCUACAGGCCGUUGAAAACAACUUGUCAAUGACUGUAAAAUUGGAAAGUGAAAUAGAAAGUAUAAAUACCUUGGAUAUUUUGCAAAAAACAUCAUUUUUUUAAGAAUUAAGUGAUGCUGGUGAUAACUAUUGAAAAACACUGAAGGUGCGUCACGCAAAAAUUGUUGCACCUUUAAAUUGUGGUAAGAAAUACAGAAUGCCAAAAAUGAAUAGUACUGCAUUAUAAAUAUAAUCUGGAUUUCGACUGUUGUAUGUAUGAAAAGAAUUCCUUCUCAUUGAAUUGAUUGGUAAAUAAAAAAUUGUCAUAUAAAACAAUUUUUGUACCGACCAAAGUAUUACUAAAUAUUUUUAAGGAAAAAAAAGGAAAAUACAAUAAUCUCAAAAUACAUGUUUCAGAGAAAAUUCAGUAUGGUUAUCCUGACUAAAUGAUAUAAUUCUCGUGUGAUUUGUCUUUACCUACAUUAUUAUUAGUGACGUUUGCAUGUUCGGCCUUUAAAUAAAUGGAAGGAUAAACCCAUAUUUUGGAAAAGGAUCGUUAACUUCACGUAAUAUUUUAUCAGAAUGUACAUUAGAUUAAUUUGUUAGGAUAUGAUAUUUGUGGUUGCGAAAAACAUUCUUGUUGUUCUUGUUUAAAAAAUAUGAUUAAAAUAAAUGACUAUGUAUAAAUUAGCAUGCACCUGCAUCAUAUAUUUAUCAUACCAGGUCUCUUAGACACGCCCAUGUGAUAGAGAAUAUCCGUGGGUUUGUUGUAGAAUUAUAAAGAUAGCGUUGUUAAAGGUAAGAAUCAUGUGCAAAAGAUUUCAUGAACUGCAGAUCGAGUGAUUUUCGCGAAUACUUACUUUCGGGAUUAUUAGAAGAAAUUGUUAAUCUAACAUUUAUUCAAACUGUUUUCAUCUGCUGCAAUACCUCUGCUGUUUUUGUGGUUAAAUAAACCUAAACAUUUCGUUUUUGCAAGCAUAUUUAUUGUAAAAUAUUCGCGGUACAUUUGGGAAUUCUCACAGCUUACAUGAAAUCAUAAACUCUACCUCAUUUACAUAUAUCGUACUGUUUUGUGUUAUUUAGCAAUUUAAAAAAAAAAUCAUUCAACCCAAAAUACAAAAUGUUUAAAUUCCAUAAAUCAACGUGUCUGGAUUUUGAAUGACUUAGCAUACUUCAUGAUUUGUAAUUGAUUGUUUUAUGUCGUUUUGUAUCUAAAUUAUUCAGAUUUUAUUUUAUUACUUAUUAGUUACAGGGUGAAUUUUAGCUAAAGAUUUUACAUUGUUGUUGACUAAUGUAGCAUUACUGUAUAUUUAACGUUUUAUCGCGAUUACUUGUUGGCUAUCGUAAAAACUAAUAUAUUAAGAUUUUCUUUUUGGUUAAUUAAACAACCUUAUUAAAAAUUCCACCGUUUUAAUGUUUCCGAGUAAAGUGUUGGAAGAGAUUGAUCCUCAGCGUGAGAACGAUACAGUGCGAAAUGCCGCUUGUCCUGUAUUGAGACUGGCAUUCACCAUCGACACAGAUGUAUGUAAAUGUAUGUUGAUUAUCAAUUAAGUUAUAUCAACUUAUUUUCACCAUUCAUGUGGGCGCGGAUAGCAGCUUGCAGAGAUAUUUAAAUAACACAUUGCAAUUAGUUUUUAUAUUAUGUGUUUCAUCAGCUUUACUAAAUGUGUUUGAUAUAUUUAGUAUGUAAAAUAAG